CACGAGGACGAACUUAGUCACUGGGUGUAACCUCAAUGGUUAGUCGACCUGUGCAAUAGAAGGUUGAAUGGUACUCUCGGAAAGCUCACCACUAAAAGUGGCAGUAAAACUACAAGUUUAAUCUCUCUAUGACCUUACGUUCAAAGGUUAUUUCAAUUGGAACUAUAUGGGAACCCCAAAAUCCUGGUGGAGGUACUUACCACAUUUGAAGACGGACAUGUUAUGCUUGGAGAGCAUACCUGAGAAAAGUAGGGGGAAAACCAAUGCUGUUGCCACUGGAAAGCUCACGCCUAAAAAGUAGGGGUAAAACUUUUUAGUCGAGUACAUCUGCCUCACAUUCCUGAGGACCGAGGUUCUAGCUUCACCUGUGAGCUGGCAUGUUGUCCCUGUGCCUGCGUGGGUUUUGUGCGGAUGUCCUGGUUUCCUCCCACAUACAAAAACAUGCAUGGUCAGAGUAAUGUCAUCGAAACCAGUUCACAGGAUCCUACGAUUGCUUCUUCUGGGCACAUUCAUCCUAGGAUGCUUCGUGACUCUCUUUUUGAUGUAUUCUAAGCCGUCCAUGUGCUGGCUGUCAGGUCCUGUGGAGUACCCCUCUACCAGCGAGCACGUCGAGGGCGUCUUCACCGAGAGCGACCGCAACGUGACCAUGGUGCUCGUCUGGUUCUGGCCCUUCAGAAGGAGUGGCAGCCUGAACGUAUGCGCCUCGCGGUUCAACAUUGAUGGCUGCUUCAUCACGACCAACCGGAAGCACUACAAAAAGUCGGACGGCGUCAUCAUCUACCAUCGUCAAAUCCGCUCCGACUCGUCCAACCUGCCGUCGGGCCGUCCGUCCUUCCAGAAAUGGAUCUGGGUGAAUAUAGAGUCGCCGACGCACUCUCCCCAGCUGGCUGGCAUCGAUAACCUCUUCAACCUGACGCUCAACUACCGCCGUGACGCCGAUAUCACAGUGCCUUAUGGCUCUGUGGUUUCCACCGAGGGUGAGGAUGACUUUGUCCCGCCCAGCAAGAACAAGCUGCUCUGCUGGAUCGUGAGCGACUGGAAGCAGAACUACACGCGCGUCAAGUACUACAACGAGCUGCAGAAGCACAUCGAAGUGCACACAUAUGGCAGGGCCUUCAAAAAGUACCUCGACAAGCAGGAGUAUGUCCCCACCCUGGCCAGUUGCAAGUUCUACCUAGCGUUCGAGAACUCCAUCCACAAGGACUACAUCACCGAGAAGUUCUACAACCCGCUGGACGUGGGCACUGUACCCGUGGUGCUGGGCCCGUCGCGGCAGAACUACGAGAACUUUAUCCAGGGCGACGCCUUCAUCCACGUGGAUGACUUCGCGUCGCCUAAGGAGCUGGCCGACUACCUGCUGCUACUGGACAAGAACGAGGCGAUGUACCGAAGAUACUUUGAGUGGCGGCGGCACUUUAAGGUGAAGACGCUGCAGUUCUGGAAAGACCACAUGUGCCUGGCCUGCGACUACCUGCGGAGGCACAGGGAGUACAAGGCGGUCAAGAACCUGGACAAGUGGUACUGGGGCUGAGCCAGUUUGUGUCACUGGUGAAGGCUUUAUGACGUUUAUUCAUCAGCCUCACCAAAAUACCUCCCCGGGGCCUGCACAUUUUGUUUUUGUAUUGAUUCAGUGACCCAUUUUAUUUCACGUGUGCCAAUUUUGAUUAGCCUUAUUUUUACAUUUCUCCUGUCCCCCGCAAACACAUUCGACAGCGUUUCUUAUCAGCAAUCCUUCUUUGAAAUGUAAAAUACAUUACAAAUAAAAUGUAUUAUUAUUAUUGUUAUGAUUAUUAUCAUCAAACACUGAUGCCAUACUCUGCCUACAGGGACAAAAUGAGAAAAAAAAAACUUUUAAAAUCACCAUUUAGCUGUUGUGAUGUCACCGGGGGGCUGGGAGUGACGCAGACUCGAUUGGGUCAGGGAAUUUUACUUUGAAGAUUUCCCAACCUUGUUUUUCAAGACACGAGAAAUAUACCAGUGUCCUGAUGUCCCUCCACUCGUACAUUUUCUUGUCAAUAGAUAACCAAACAAUGGAUUUCAUAUUUAAUAAGAAAUAUUAACUGAUUCACGGAUCCAAUUUGUAACAUCAUUCGAGAUACAUAGACCAUUUGAGCUCACACUCUUACCUGAACCUGAACCUUGAAGCAAGCACACUUGGGAUCUUUGAUGAAGAACUUCUGUCUUUUAAACUUCAUACCCAGAGAGGGCAUAACAGACAUUAUGGUUAGAAAAAAAGCGCAUUCAAAAGUCAAACAUCUGCCCGCAACACAAAGCAAAAAAAAUAAUAAAUAAAAAAAAUCAGGUUAGUGACGGCUCGUUACUUAACAAACUCGUAGGUUGUGGAACUCAUACGUCAAGGUACCAUUGUAUUUAUUUUUCUGACAAAUUUUUACCUUUCCUCCCUACAUUUGAGCACAGAUAUCUGUACUUCCAACUCAUUACGUUGUUAAAAUAGGCUUGUUACUUUCUUCAACCUCUGCAGAUGACACCAUGACGUUGAAAAGACAGUCCACUGCCUUAUUUUAGAGAAUUGUUUGAUUUUGUCAGCUCCAAGUAUGAUUCGUAAAAGUGUUGUGUAUUGUGCCAGCCUGAAAACCAUCAGAUUCUGAUGUGUAAAAAUUCUCCUUUGAUUCUAAAAAUGGCAUGAAGUAAGAUGUAUUUUUUUCAAGUUGUUAUCAUUAGCUAAUUUAGCAUUUUCUUCGUUAUUCAGUUGACAAUGUCAUGGUGAUUUGAUAGCAUAAAAGCCUGAGGUUUAUUUCAUUGUGUCAAGUUACCAAAACAGGUAUUCUAUACAAUUGGUGAUACUUACUUUUUUUUAAACUUAUACUUAAGCAAAGGAGUUGAACAGCAACGUCUACUUUUACCAGUCUUUUUUUUUAAUGUAUUUCUUUUUUUUUUUUUUGCACAAGUAUCUGUACUUCUACUUAAGGACAGAGUACUUUUGCCACCUCCGCUUACGUGCUUGCAUGUGUGUGGGUAUGUGUGUAUAGCAGGAGGUUCAGUGAUGUCAUUAAUCCACUGAUGCUAUUCGAGGUUUAUUAGAAAGGCUCAGUUGACGCUGUUAGAGGGUCCGGCCAAUCUGAAGAAAAGGAAUUCUCAGCGACACUUCAGUCACAUGAUCUGCACUGAGAACCUUUCGAUCGCAGCAAAAACAAAAUAAAACAACAACAAAAAAAGAAUGAAUUAAUGAAAUUAAGGAGUAAUUGACUGACUGUAUGUCUGGCAACCAAUCUCGCCAGUCGCGACCUACAUAUCUGGUUACCUGUCGACCGAUUUAGAUAUCUGUCUAUCCAACCAACCAUUUGUCUAUUAGCUAACCUACCAACCCAUCUGUCCAUUCAUUUAGCACACCGACCGACUUUGUUUUCUGUAUUUCUGUCUAUUGACCAAAUUACCGACCAGCUAAUUUCCCUGUCUUACUAUUACUGACCACCCUACUUGCCUCACUACCUAACAACAGUCCACCUAUAUAGUACUCAUAUACGAGCUACCUACAUAAUUACCAGAGGCUGGUAGUACACGAGGUGGGCAUUUUUUUCAUUUGGGCAGUGUGCUGUGACAAUAGAGAUUUUGGCAAGGUUGUACAACAUGGAGUAGAAAAAGGAGAAAUCCGCAAUUAAUGCUAUAUACCAGUGUCCUGAGCUGUGGGACACAAAACAGAUGACGUACUGUAACGUAGUAAAAAAUAAACUGCACCCUGGACAUCCUAAAGUACACCUCAA